CCAAUUUUUUAAAGCUUAAAUGAAUGCAAAGAACGCGGGGUAUACAAACCCGAUUAGAGAUCUCGACCCGGAAUUGUCAUUUUGGAUUUACCAGCUUGUAGGACAGCCUGUAGGGACAAUUACACCUAAACCCUAACUUUCGGAAAAUGUCGUCUCCGUGUGGCAAGUGCAACAACUGUCCAUGCGGCACCAGCGGCGGAGCCCCGCCCCCCCAGCAACCGCCCCACCGGCCACCCCCCUCCUACGCCCACCAGCCACAGCAGCAGCCGGACAGCUGUCCCUAUCCGGGUCCGCGGGGCCAGGGAGCAGGCGGUUGCCAGGUCAACUCGACGCAGCCGCAGGGCGAUCCAGCAGCAUGCAGCCUCUACCAGAGUCGGGGAGCACCCACUGUGGAGUGCACGUGCACUCAGAACCGCAGCCGGCCACCUCCGCCAUCCGUUCAGGCGGACCACAUCACGUGCAGUCGGGGUCCGCGGGAGCAGCCGCCUGCCCUGGAGACCCGCUGCACCUGUCGCGAGAAGCCCGUCAAGACAGAGUGCCACUGCGCACCACCGGUGGCCCCGCCUCCCAACCAACAGCAGCAGCAGGCGAUGGCCCAGCCCACCUACGCCAACGUGACCUGUGGCCAGAACGUGCCCAGAGGACCGCAGCCCUAUCGCCCGCACCAAGGCAACCAGAGCCAGAACCCGAACUCCUGCGGCCACUGCCGAUCGCAGAAGAAGCAGAAGAAGUGCGUCAUUCAGUGAUCUGGAUGUC